AAAAAAAAAUUAUAUAAAUGACUGAAGCGAAUGAAAUUCCAAAAGUUCAAAUUUUCCAGCAUCUUUACUUUUAAACAACUGUAAAAAACCCAAAUACAAGGAGCACACAGGUCUUUCUUGUGGCACGCAAUUCUGGUUAAUCAUGUAGAGAUGGCUGACUCAUGCUUACUUUACCGAAGCACCUCCUUCUCCUAACUCCAUUUAUAAGAGCACAAAUUUGCUUUAGUUACAGCAUUUCUCAUUCAAACUUAACUAUUCUCUAUUUAUUUAAAUUAUUUUUUUAGAUAUUUGUUUUCCUAUCUAUUUAUUAUUUUGCUUUCAAAAAGCCCUCUUAAAAAAUAUUCUGGAAAUGCCUCUUUUUACCUGCUUCACAUUCACUUUUUUACUAGUUUUUCCACUUUCCUUUGGGUUUUACAUCCCAGAUUCCAACCCUCUUUUACACUUUAACAGUCAGGACAGAGAGGUGCAUCUUUACACAGGUAUUUAAAAUGUUUUAUUGCUAAAAGAACCCUGCUUCUGAUGAAUAAUGAGACCUUGAUGCUCCUAAAGGACCUACGUUUAGAUUUUUUGAUUUUAUUUUAUUUAUUGAUUUUUGCUGCAGAAAAUCACAGACGUGGGCUUUACCUGCAGAUGAACUCGGAUGGAAGAGUGACAGGAAAUGAUGCUCAGACUCCCUACAGUGUGCUUCAGCUAAAAUCAGUCAAACCAGGUCAUGUUGUUAUCAAAGGGCUGUCAUCAUCUCUAUUUCUAUGUGUAGACAGUGGAGGCCAUUUAAAAGGACAGGGUGUCUAUAAAGAGGACGACUGCUCCUUCAGAGAGCUGCUGCUGGCAGAUGGAUACACUCGUUUCCUCUCCUCCAGUUAUGGAAUUCCUCUGUCUCUGGCAUCGAGGCAUUCCUCAGAUCGUCCCUCUAUCCCUUUCACUCGGUUUCUUCCACUCCGGAAUACUUUACCGUCGGAGAGCCUGUCUGAGCAGCCAUCCGACAAUCAGAGGUUCUUCAACAUGGACUCCGAUGACCUCUUUGGGAUGGCUCUAAAUCCUGUAAUCAGUCCUCAUUUGUCAAUGGAAAAGUAAAACACUAUUCCAAACAGAUUUAAUAUGUAUUUAUUUCCGUUUGGAUGAAACUGUAGACUUGAUUUUGCUGCUUCAUCAUUGUUGUCAAGUGAUAACAUUAAUAUUUAUUUAUUUAUUUGUCAUGUGUAAUAUGUAGGUCUUAUUUAAAAGUUGAAACAUUUUGUCCGCAUUGAAAUUACAGAUACUGUGUUACAUAAAAGUGUAAAAAGAUACACUUGAACAACUCAAGUGUUUUUUCUAUGACUGAAUAAAAGUUAAUAUUAUUUGAGAA